AUGGUGCGCACUGAAGCUCACUGCCCCCCAACUAAGGCAGAACUAAGCCUUACGUACCUGCCGGUGUGCUGGCACCACUUGGUUAAAGGUGAUUAAAUCAUGUGGAAAGACAAAAGCAAAGAAAUGUGACAUGAAAAUAAUAAAAGCAAUUUCUAGCUACUGAUAGAGAUGUGUGUAGGAGUGGUUCAUUUCAGAGCAGCAUUGUUGAAACACACUUCAGUGCUAAUUUAGCCCUAUCAGUCCUCCAUAAUCCCCAAGGUGUCAUGGCUCUGCUACAGACCGAUAUGAACGACUUUAUCUGGAAUAAUGAGAGAGGGAGAGACAGGGGGGAAGAACAGCCAAUUACAGUUUUAUUCUGCUUGUUUACAGGCAUGAUAACACACAGCUGUAAAAGAGAGGAAUGUGGAUAAACAGCAGAGACUGGAGGUGUUCUGCAGGACAGAGGUUUGCGGAGUCGUUUAAUUUUAAAGUGUAAAUGCUAAUAACCAGGCUUGCUUUCUUGCUUGCUUGAAGGAGGAGGAGGAGGAAGAAGAAAAGAAGAGGAAGAGGAGGGGGCUGCAAUUUGCCGAUACUUGGCUGAGUUCUGACGCCAGCACUGAAGUGAUGUAAGAGACGGAGGGAGGGAGGAAAGCCGAGAAGGAGGAGAGAAGAAAGAGAGAGAGAGAGAGAGAGAGAAAGGGAGAGGGAGGGAGAGGGGAUCCGAGCUCCUCACUUUCUGAGACCCAGACGGAGAGCAACUCCCCAGCGGGGAUCCGAACUGAGGUAGGCGCAUUUUUUCACUUAUCCACCCUUUAAAAAUACGCAGAAAAAUAAAUCAUGCCCCGUUUGGAUACGAAUUUUAUCCUCAAAACGAGAAAGAAAACGUCGUUUUGUUAAUACAGCAUGCUUAAGAUCUGGUGUUUGACAUAAAAAUGAAACAAAUCUAUUUAGAGGCUAUUUCUGCUGUGUAGGUGUCAUGUUACCAACUUGAAUGCGUCGUGCGAACUGCAGAAAUGACUCCAGGCAGGACUCAAAUCUGUCAAGUUAUUUGAAGGCUGCUAAUUAAUUAAUGACGUGUCUCUGACGUGAGGAUAAUAUCUAAUGAGCCCUCUUGGUUUAUGUGUUGGUCCAGCUCGCACUCGAACCGGAGCAGAGCAGCGCAGACUGGGUCUUCUCCUGGAUUCAGCACCUUGGACAGCGACGCACCGCGGCUCUCUCUCUCUCUCACUCCCCCGCGCAUCCGAAGGAGAGCGCGCAGAGCCCGGGCACCCAUCAGCGACCCUCCCGGCCAGGACAUGCUGCUCUCCUGCCUCUGCUCCCCGACGGGUCGCGAUGGGCUCUAG